CCUCAGCCUGUGGCCCUCCCCUUCCUGCCCCUUGAUCUCCAGGCGCUGAGCCAGAGGGUUGUCUGGAGGUCCCUGGGCAAGGACACUUAGCCUGCCAUGCUGUGCCGCCUGCCCUCCAGGCUGCCAGCCAGGAUGUGGGGCAGGACUUCGGAGAAGCAGUCAUGGAGGCACAGCAAUCAGACCCCUUCCCCAUGUCUUAUCCAUAGACUUGACCACAUCGUGAUGACAGUAAAGAGUAUCAAAGACACCACCACGUUUUAUUCCAAAAUUCUGGGCAUGGAGAUCAUAACAUUCAAGGGAGACAGGAAAGCACUGUGCUUUGGAGACCAGAAAUUUAACCUUCACGAAGUGGGAAAAGAAUUUGAACCCAAAGCUGCUCACCCAGUUCCUGGCUCUCUGGACAUAUGUCUGAUCACAGAGGUACCUUUGAGUGAAAUGGUCCAGCACCUCAAGGCUUGUGAUGUCCCUAUUGAGGAGGGUCCAGUCCCCAGAACGGGGGCAAAAGGGCCCAUUAUGUCCAUCUACUUCCGAGACCCUGACGGAAACCUGAUUGAGGUGUCCAACUAUAUUUCCCCAUGACUGAAGCUCGCCCUCCGCCACUUUGUUCCCUGAAGUGCUGCCCAUUUUCUUCCCCAAGACCCUCACCGGACCCAGAGGCCUCCAAGAACUGAUGACAGGCGCUUCACACAUCCUGCUGGGGGGACCCGAGAUGGGUUUGGGACCAAACCUACAUGACUCCAUGUUCUCCUGCCAAGCUGCCCCAAUAAAUUAAUAACCUCUCAAUUAAUAUAAGCUCUUU